GAUUUGGUCGACAUCAGGAACCUUUCUCUGGUUUAUACUCUUGCUGGAGUUGAUUGCAUCGACUGUGCUGCUGAGGCAUCAGUGGUGAAUGCUGUAAGCGAAGGAAUAGAAGCAGCCAGAGCGAUUGUGCCCAUUCGCAGGCCUUGGGUAAUGAUCAGUGUUAAUGACGAUGAAGAUCUUCAUUUUCGUAAAGCUGAAUUUGAUCCGGAUGAUUGCCCUCAGGAUUGCACAAGACCUUGUGAGAAAGUCUGUCCUGCUAAUGCAAUAUUGCAAAAGGGCGGAGUUUUGGCUGAGCGCUGUUACGGCUGUGGUCGUUGCCUUCCGGUUUGUCCUUAUGACAAAAUAAGAGCUAUUACAUACGUGAGAGAUGUUACUGCUACAGCUGAACUUCUUGAAAGGGAUGAUGUUGAUGCCAUAGAAAUUCAUACCAGUGCAAGGGUGCCUGCAGUAUUUAGAGAACUCUGGACUGGGUUGGGGAACUCAACUGCAAAUCUGAAGCUCGUCGCAGUAUGUGAAGCUGUUAUUCAUUUUCUGAUCUCUGAUGGCUACAUUAAAUACUAUCAUCUAGUUAGCUUUCCAGACUUGAGAGAUUCAACCAUAUCGGCAAUGGAAGCUAUGUACUCCAUAAUGGAAACCAACAUACAAUGCUUCAACUUAUGGCAGUUGGAUGGUCGACCUAUGAGUGGAGAUAUUGGGCGAGGUGCCACGAGAGAUGUAAUUGCUUUUGUACGAAAAUUGGCCUCUGCUGGAAACAAGCCUAAAGGUUUUCUUCAACUGGCGGGUGGUACAAAUGCUCACACCAUAGAGGGUUUGAAAAAGGAGAGAUUAUUCCAAAAAACAACCAUACAUGAGGCUUCAGAUUAUGAGAAAAUUCCCUCGAGUUCCUUACAUUCACCAAAUGCUUUGAUAGCUGGUGUGGCCUUUGGUGGCUAUGCACGAAAGAUAGUUGGCAGGGUUUUGAAUUCAGUGCAAAACCAUCAUGGACUUGCUCAUGUCGAAGAUUUCCCCGAGCAACUUCUGCAGGCCAUUUUUGAAUCACUUGCUCUGGUUGGAACUGUUAAAUGUUACAACAUCCAGAAGCAGAUCACUUAGAUUGUAUUUGAGGUUGAUACACCAGAAGAAAUUUAAACUAUGAGGUUUUGGGAAGACCUGGCUCAAGAUUAAAAUUUAUGGUCUUUGGUACAGAAAAAGUCAAAGGUCAAAAUCAAAAGAUGACGGUGGUAUAGCUCAGACAGAAUAUAGAAACAAAUACCAGACUGGAGAAGGAUCAGUUCCUAUACAUGAUCAUAGGGGAGGACUUCAAAACUUUGAUUUAACGGAAAUUCUUGACACCAGGCGAAGGCGGCAAAGGCAUCUGUAUAGCACACAGAUUCCUUGGACUCUCGCCUACAAUGUUUAGUUAACAGAGUGCAGACCCAUAGGGAUUAUUUGGUGACUGACUAGUGACUCAUGACCAGCACUUGAUUGGAAGAAUCCACCACCAGCUCUAACAUGUGUAUCAGCAAUUGCCAUAUUUCUUAGUAGAUCAGUUAAAGUCAUCUAUCUGCUGAGAUGUGAGAAUAGGAGAAGUUAUUCCAAGAAAAGUUUAGCCUUUAGAGAUUAGAGAGUUGGAAGAGGCUGCUAUUGGAAUCAAUCGUCCCGGGUAAGCAGGCUGCAACUAAGGUCAAGUUCAAUCAUGUGGCCCGACAUCUCAUCACAGUUCACUCCUUCCCAUAGGCAGCAAUCUCCGCUCUUAUUCCAUGGUAUUGUUUUUGGAUAAGAUUUCUUACUAUAGUAACCACAAAUACUAGAUGGCCAUGCUCUUUUUUGAUAAGAUUUCUUCGUCCGUACUUCAACUGUGCCCCAAAGAUCAAAGCAUUACCUACUAAAAUUCAACAAAACGCUUACUGAAGGUCCCUCAUCUAGUAUUUGUCAUUACGAUAGUUAGAAUCUUAUCUAAAAUAAUUUCAUGGAAUAUGAGCGCAGUUAGAAUCUUAUCUAAAAUAAUUUCAUGGAAUAUGAGCGCAGCUUACUGCCUAUAGGAUCGAGUGAAAUGUGAUAAGAUGUCAGGCCAAGUGAUUGAACUAGACCUCAAUUGCAGCCUGCUUGUAGGGACGAUUGAUUCCAGUAGCACCCUCUUCCAACCCCCUCAUCUCGAAAGGCUAAACAUUUUUUGGAAUAACUACUCCAAUUCUGACACAACCUUCAAUGUGUACCAGCAAAUAGAGCUUGUAAAGGAGUAUGUUAUUUAGCCGGUGGUUAGAUUCAUUUAUGGUUUACUAUUGUAUCAAAGCAAGAGAUGUCCUCAAUCUUUCCCUGCUACAAAGUUUGUUCUUUGUAAUCUAAGCACAAAACUUUUCCUCAAAAUAUUUUGCCAAAAGGUUUUCUAGAACUUGGUAGUCCAAAAUCAAACCAAACUCAAAUCCAAAUGUCAUAGGCUAGCUGUAACAUUUUUGCUGUUAUUAUAUAAUCCAAAACUCAAUUUUAAUAA